GCCCUGAAGCCUCCACCCGGCGUCGUCCCGCAGCUCGACAACCCACCGGCCUAUCGGACCGCAUCAACGGCACUGCCCGUGGUCUGCCUGGUCGUAGCCACACUGGGACUCGCCAUGCGUCUCUACACGCGGAUCCGCGUGCUGCGGCAGGCCGUCUUCGUUGCCUACUUCGGCAUGGCCAUCAUGGUCGGCAACUAUGGGCCAGGGGUCCAUCAGUGGGACCUCCGGCUCCGAGACCUCGGCCCGUUCCUCUAUUACAUCCACAAUGGCUCCAUUCUCUACGGCAUCUGCAUCUUCUUCAUCAAGCUGUCCAUCCUUCUGCAGUACAUGCAGAUCUUCAUGCCCGUGCGCGAGCCCGUGGCCAUGUGGUGGACUUGUGUGUUUUUGAUUGGCGCCAACUUCAUCUUCUAUCUCGUCAGUACCUUCCUCGAGAUCUUUGCCUGCCAGCCCAUCGAAAAGGCGUGGGACCCGCUCGUGACCGAGGGCCGGUGCAUCGACAUCCUGCGGCUCAACGUCAUCGCCAGCAGCGUCAACACCGUCUCGGACGUGACCAUCCUCGUGCUGCCGCAGCUCAUCAUCUGGCGCCUCAACACGUCAUGGCGGGUCCGCUCGGGCAUCUCGCUCAUUUUCCUCAUCGCCGCCUUUGCCUGCGCCUCGGCCGCCGUCCGCCUCUACUACGCCGUGCUCCUCCAGCACAGCACCGACAUCACAUACUACUCUUGGUUCGCCGGUGCGUGGACCCUGCCUGAGAUUUCGCUUGGCAUUGUCGUCGGCUGCUUGUCGGUUACGCGCGCCUUCUUCCACAACACG